AUGCCGCCCUCAAGGACAUACAGCCAAUCCAUAAGGCCCCCUCUGCCUUUUAGAGCUUACAGUGGAUCCAGUGUCUUCUGUACUGGGGAAAACAUCGCAGAGUGCAUGCAAUACAUCGGUAAAGAGCUGUCAUCUCUGGGCUUGCCAUCGAUUUUCUAUGAUUCAAAUAGGAAUCAAGAACUUGAUAUAAUUUUGAUCCUAAAUAACAUGUAUGAGCUGCUGCAGCUCCAUCACUUUGUUGUGGGAAGUGAGGAUGAACAUGAAGUGGCACAGCUUAAGGACCAGCUUGAACUUUCCAAGAAGGAAAAUGGCAAAUUAUGUAAACGAGAACAGCAGUUAGAAAUUAAUAUAAGAAAUUUACAAAAACGUUUGAAAACUGAAAAAGAGGAGGUUCAGAAGCUUCAGAACAUCAUUGCAAGCCGUGCCACACAGUACAACCACAGUUUGAAGAAGAAAGAGAGAGAGUUCAGCAGACUUAAAGAGCACCUCAGUCAAUUACUUACUGACAAGAAGGACAUGAAUCAGAGGAUGGAGGUUUUGAAUUAUGUUGAGAAGUCUGAUGGCUGGAGAGGACAGUGGAAAACUGGAAGGACAGAUGCAAGACAUGAAACUGAAGUGUGCAGGACUCUUCUAAAUGAGUUUGAUAAACGCCAGAGGGAGCUGAUGCUGGAAAAUUUUGAGUUGAAAAACAUGCUUCAGCAAAUGAAACAAGAACUGGUGGCCAUGUUAAGUCCAAAGAGCCACAUCCAAAGACAGAAGAACUACACUGAAUUCACAGAUCUGCAAAUAGAUGAUGAAGAGGAGACUUCUUUUAAAGGGACUUUAGAGAUGUCAUGUGAGCAUGCUCGCGAGAAGCUUACCAACAGCAUUCGGCAGCAGUGGAGAAAAUUGAAAAAUCAUAUGGAAAGCAUUGACAACAAAGCAUUUGUUUUGCAGUUGGGAAAGGGGGUCAGUGAGGAGAUGAUUUCUAAGCAGGUCCAUCAGGAAGAAACAGAGAGACUCAAAAUGGAGAUCCAGCAAUGCAUGGACUUCAUUCAGACUCAGCAGCAGCUCUUGCAGCAACAGCUAAAUACUCCAUGUGAUGAGGAGACUGCAGCUGUCCUGAAUGACUGCUACAUGUUAGAAGAGAAGGAACGCUUGAAAGAGGAAUGGAGAACUUUUGAGGAACAGAGGAAGAACUUUGAAAUGGAGAGGAGAAGUUUCACAGAGGCAGCCAUUAGAUUGGGGCAUGAGAGGAAAAUGUUUGAGGAGGAUCGUGCAACCUGGCUAAAACAUCAAUUUUUGAACAUGACUUUCACAGAGCAGAUGAGGACUCAUAAUGUCAUAUCAGAAUAUUCUGGUCAAGAACAGAAACACGUAUCGGCUCCCAAAACACCACUCUAGAACUGUGAGCAAAAGGAUAGUGAAAGCAUCCAGUGGGAUAUACUGACUGCAGAAAAGAUCUUGACUGAACAAGACAGAACAUCAGAACAAAAGAACAAAGCUAUGAAGGUGAUAUGCAAGCCAUCAAAUUUCCCACUAAAGGAAGGGGGGGGGGGGUUCCCCCAAAUGUGAUUAUGAUGUGGUAUUCAUGUGCCAUUGGCAAAGGUGGCUUACAUUUGGCAUACAGUGUCCUGCUUUGCUAUGGUUUUAGUAUGGUACAUUUUUGAUGCAGAUUCAUAGGACAAGUCUUAAGCUGCAUCAUGAAACACUUUGUUUCAUUGCUGUUUAAAAUGCACCAUUGUUCUACAUGAUAGA